AACAAACCACAAGAAGUGCGUUUGUUAUGGCGUUUUUGACAUUAUUAAUAUUUCUACCUGGUGCUUGUUGAUGGAUGGCCACCUUUGUGCUGUUCUGAUGCACAUGAGGACUCGCAUCACGGGAGCUCUCCAUUUGGAUUCAUUCUUUCAACUUUUCUAAUGGGUUCGCUAACAAAACAGCAGCGAACCAAAGAUGUCGGAUCUCACUCGAGUAGUCGUUGACUCGGACGCUUCGGACAUUUACAAGAGUGUGUUCUGCAAUCCUGCCUUUGAGUUGGAAGGAGAGCAAGAAGAGCAUGUGGAGGGAUUUGGAAUGACCUCAAUUACCCCUGAGCCCAUCAAACCACCAACUAGUAGCUUUGCAAGUUGUGGCUGGGGGAAGGUAGUGGUCUCUGUCGCUGCCCUGCUCCUGGUUGUGGCUCUCGGCCUGACACUGGCCCUCAUCCUCACACAGAUGAAAGGUCAGGACCUUGAGGAGCAACUGUUGUCCACCAGCCCUCCGGACCCGUUGAGUGCAGGAGGUGGGGAAUUACCUUCAGUUCCUGCAAACAGAAGCCAGUUAGACAGUGUGCCAGUACUCCACCCUGCCAGCAUCCCUACGACUGAAACACGUUGUGGUGGAUUUAUGACGGAUUCCGAAGGUUUUUUCAACUCACCAAACUACCCGGGCUCCUAUCCCCCCAACACCUUGUGUGUGUGGGUCAUCCAAGCCACGCCCCCUCAAUUAAUUCAGAUCCAUGUGACCUUUUUGAAUAUUGAGGGUCCCUCUCCCUGUUUGUUUGACUGGCUGGAGAUACAGGAGCAUCUAGAAGACAGCUCUGUGGUCACAAGGUUUUGUGGCGCAGUGUCGCCACCAACAGUCAACACAAACAGCAGCACAGUAUGGGUGACCUUCCAUUCUGAUGGCAGCAUUGCAGGCAAUGGCUUUGCGGCUCAGUACAAGGCCUUGCUGCCUGGACACAAAAGUUGCUCCAGAGACGAGUUCAUGUGCGACAGUGGCCGCUGUCUGCUGCCUGUGUCGGUGUGCGACGGCCAUCCAAAUUGCCAUGACCAAAAAGACGAGGCUAACUGCAGCCGUAAACACAGCGAAUGCGGCGGGCAGAAAAUUGGGCCAUACGGUUUCCUGGCAAGUCCAAACCACCCAAGGCCAUACCCUCAGCAGCAGUUUUGCGUAUGGCACAUCUCCGUUGAGGAGGGUCACGUCAUCACGCUGCACUUCAGAAACUUCAGCCUGGAGACUCAGGAUGUGUGUGACUUUGACUAUGUGGUGGUGCAUGACAGCAGCAACACUGACGCUGGAACAGUUCUGGGAAGGUUUUGUGGCACCACCCUCCCACCCGACCUGACCUCAUCCGGCCAGCACAUGACUGUGCUGUUUGUGGCUGACGAGGGAGUGGCUGACAGCGGCUUUAACGCAACCUAUCAGUCCAUCUCGCUGCUGGAUAGGACAUGCGGUCCGAAGCAGUUUGCCUGCGGUAGCGGCGAGUGUCUUCACCCGCGAUGGUUGUGCGAUGGCUGGAACGACUGCCCUGAUGGAGCAGAUGAACGAGAUUGCAGCAACUCCACUUAUCCUCCCUUCACUUCCCCGUGUGAGUCAAUCGAGGUGGAGAUGUGUCAGGGUCUUAGCUACAACCUCACCUCAUUCCCCAACAUUUGGCUCUCCAUUGCCGAUCAGCGAGAAGCUACCACUCUUCUGGGACAGUACAGGGUUCUGAUGGAGCUUGCCUGCUUCGAGCCAUUGCGCAAACUGGUUUGCGGGAUGUUCUUGCCACAGUGCAACCCUCACGGAGGCGUCCUCCAGCCCUGCCGCUCUGUCUGCUCCUCGGCCGAGCAGCAGUGCAGCCAAGCCUUGGAUCUUUUCUCCUUUAGCUGGCCCUUCAACUGCCACCUCCUGCCCGACACACAGGACCCCUUUGAGUGCUCGGUGCCUUGAUCGCUACAAAAGUAAAGCACUAAAAGCAAUAUGAGAGAGUUAGUCAUUUUGGAAAAGGUUCAAAAGUUAGAUGACCCCAAAUUCCUCUAAAAAAUUAAAUAUAUACGCUGGUCACUUAACUGCAAGACAUUUCCAGUAUUCCACUUGGUACUAUUUCCUUUAUU